UUAUGUUUUGGCUGGAGAAAUUAAGGUUUAAUAAAAACAUGUCGUUACAAAAAUGUAGCGUAAUUUAAUUUGUCCUUUAUACUUUAUUCUCUUCCUUUUGUUGUAUAUAUUUUUUAUGCUUGACUGUUUUUACAAUGAAAAAGUGUUCCUAAUGGUUGUUUUAUUUGGUUUAUUAGGCCUUCGUUAGCUUUUUAUUUCCCUUACUGAUGUUGUUUUAUGUAAAAAUGAACUCUUACUGCUUUUCUUACAGAAUAAAUGCAUGAAAGGUGGAGCUUCUCUGCAGCCAAACUGGCUUCUACCUUCUUUAAACUAUCUAUCAGAUUUAAGAGCUCCGGUGGAAGACCURUGGCUCCACUGGGCUCCAGGAUUCUUACCAAUCCAGAUGACAUCUUUAAUCACAACAUGUGGGAUCAUGUACAGUGGACAGAGCAGGACACUGAGAACGCACGUCAGAAAGUAGGAGAAAAUUCCAGGAUAAGACUCCCUUUAGCAGAACAAGGUAAAUUUGACACAGAUGCCUGCAAGUAUUGGGACAAGUUUUACGAGCAGCACCAGGAUAAGUUCUUCAAAGAUCGCAGGUGGCUGUUUACGGAGUUYCCAGAACUGUUUCCUUCAUCAUGUGCGAAGGAAAGGAGUUCAAACGCAAGCCACAGCGAUCACCAGGCAGGAAUCUCAAUUGGAAGUAGAUCCAUGAUGGACAUGGAGAYGGGAGCCCCUCAACACAAUGAUCCCAUUCACCACCACAGAAAAACAGACACGGUUUAUGUUCAGGAWGCAGCGCAGGAGCAUAAUGAAGCCGUUACACAAACCUCUUCUUUCCCAGGACAACAUGCAUCUUUCAGGAUCUUGGAGGUUGGAUGUGGAGUUGGAAACAGUGUAUUUCCUAUUGUUAAAACCAUCAAAGAAACAAACUCAUUUUUAUACUGUUGUGACUUUUCUCCUUCGGCCAUUCAGCUAGUUAAGGAGCAUCCAGAUUUCAACGACUCAAUGUGUCACRCCUUUGUCCGUGACAUUUGUGAGGAGGAGGCCUCUUUUCCCUUUCCUCCACAGAGCCUGGAUGUCAUCUUGRCAGUCUUUGUGCUCUCCUCCAUCCAUCCAGAACGAAUGCAAGGAGUUGUGAACCGACUAUCUACCUACUUGAAACCAGGAGGGGUGUUCCUCUUCCGGGAUUAUGGAAGAUACGACUUCUCUCAACUCAGGAUUAAGGAGGGACGGUGCUUAUCAGACAAUUUCUACACACGUGGACAUGGAACCUGCGUUUAUUUUUUCACAAAAGAAGAGGUUCAUGAUUUGUUCACCAAAGCCGGACUGGAGGAAGUUCAGAACCUGGUGGACAGACGGCUACAAGUGAACCGAGGAAAGAAAGUUGUGAUGCAUCGAGUUUGGAUGCAGAGCAAAUAUAGAAAGCCACAUUCUUCUUCAUAACACCAACACCCCUCAGUAACUGAACAAGUUUUUAUUUGUUCUUGAAAUGUUUUAUAAAAUGUGUACUGCAACAAAAUGAGUUUUAGGCAAUAAAUAAAACAUUUUUAAUAA